GUGUCCGGCAACAAGAUGCUGGUAUAUAUAGCGGAGGAAGAAACGGGAGAAGACAGACGCUGCUCACGCCUCUCGGAGACAACCAAGAUGAAUUUUACGCCGCUCCUGCUGGUGCUCCUGCUGGCCGUGUCUGCGGUCCUCGGCUUCCCUGACCCACACAAGAAAUUUGGUAAGAAGUUUGGGAAGAAAGGCGGUGGGUUUGGCGGCGGCUACAUUUCCCCAAUAGUGAUUCCUGUACCAGUGUACCAGAGCUAUGGAGGCGGCUACGGCGGCGGCGGCGGCUACGGUGGUGGUCACGGUGGCGGCUACGGUGGUGGUCACGGUGGCGGCUUCGGUGGUGGCGGCUUCGGCGGUGGCGGCUUCGGCGGCGGCGGCUUCGGCGGCGGCGGCUACGGCGGUGGUCACGGUGGCGGCUUCGGCGGUGGCGGCUUUGGAGGUGGCGGUUUCGGUGGAGGAUUUGGAGGUGGCCACGGGUUUGGAGGCGGCUACGGGAAGUAGUCUACAACCGGGAAUCGAAGGCUAUAUUCCUGAAGCAGGACCUUACAGGGAGAGUCUUCCCACUCCACUUUGGUUCUCAACUCAUCCUUUUACUUACAGUGAAAUCAUGUUUCUCUCCUGUUCGUCUCCUCGGGGAAAUGUGAGCCUUACCCAUAUCAAUCUCUGCGGAAAUACGUCGCUCUUCGCAUAGUAUUAUUAUCAUUAUUUAAUUUAAUAAUAAAAAAUAAUAAUUUUUAA